UUUAGGGUAAAAAAGAAAAGAGGAGCUCUUGGAGGACGAAAGAAAUGUUCCGCAGUUGUGGACGGCGUCAUUUCGGGUUCAAUCUGGGUAGAGGAAUGAGAAAAAUUCUUUGGAUUCUCCAUUCGUUGAGGAGGAAGCGGAAGUUGAUGAGGAAGAGGAGGGCUGUGGAUGGCGGCGACCUUCCACUGGAAGUAGGGGUCGCUGGUAUUGAGGGUGCGGGCAAUGAUUUGCCCGCAGCGGAACCUGUUCCGGCAGAACCGGUCGCUUCCGGCGACGAUCUGUCUCUGUCGGCUGAGGAAGUACGCCCGAUUGAGGGUGCCGGCAAUGAUGUUCCUGCAGCGGAACCUGUCGGCGAACUUCCACUGGAAGCAGGGGUUGCUGGUAUUGAGGGUGCGGGAGAUGAUUUGCCUAUUCCGGCCAGUUCGGACACUGCCACGGCCAGUUCAGACACUGCCACGGCCAGUUCGGACACUGCCACGGCCAGUUCGGACACUGCCACGGCCAGUUCGGACACUGCCACGGCCAGUUCGGACACUGCCACGGCCAGUUCGGUCACUGCCACGGCCAGUUCGGACACUGCCACGGCCAGUUCGGACACUGCCACGGCCAGUUCGGACACUGCCACGGCCAGUUCGGUCACUGCCACGGCCAGUUCGGACACUGCCAGCGACAACGUUAGUGCUGAAAGUGGAUUGGCCAGCGACGACAUUGGUGCUGGAAGUUAUGUGGCCAGCGACGACAUUGGUGCUGGAAGUUAUGCUCUUCCUAUGGAACAAGUUUCGGGGGCAUUGAGUUCGUCAGAUUGUGAAACUUUUAGAGUCACAUCCCUUGAUGAAGUUAAGGAGUUGGAGUCAAAAUUGAAGGAUUCGCAUAAGCCUUGGAAGGUUUUUUUUGCAAGUUCUCUUAAUGUGGAAGAAAAAGAUUCUAUUGUUUCCUAUUGCCAAUUUGAGAAUCUGCAGUAUGAAGAGAUUGGUGAGGCAAAUCUGGAGGAGAACUCGGAUGCAGAGAUUAAGAUCUUGGUGGAGGAGGAUGAGUCUACAGCUUCUAACUAGCUAGGUCUCAUUCACGGCAAUGCAUCCUUUGAUCGACUUUUGAGAUUGCCAUGUACAGUUUCUCCUAUCAUUUUACUUGCAUAGUCCUAUACUUGUAUUUUCUUGAACUAAAAAUAGAAGGGGUGUUAUAAAACAAACAACCCUCCUUUGGAGAUUGAAUGGUGUCAUCUUUCUUUUAUGUUUUCUUUUUUGGGUUCAUGAAGACGGCAAAGCGAUUUGUAAGACGUUGAUGUUUUGGACACACGAACGCUGUCAGACACUAUUUUAGUGUGAGAGGAAGUGUUUCUUGAAUAGAAAAACAGACAAUGUGUUAGAGAUUAAGGUUGAGGAUUGAAAAUCAUACAUCUGAAAUUGUAAUC